UACCAGUAGCAGACAGAUAACCGCUGCUAGUCAGCUAUGUAUGCUCCGUUAUCUGCUAGCAAAACAUCCUGACUCAAGAACACCUUUACAGACGCUGGCAAAGAGUGGGUCACAACACACCUUACGAGUUACUAGCCACUAUUACACUACAAUAAGACCAUUCCGAAAAUGCCGAAAGUUUUCCUCCUAACGCACAAACGAUACAAGACAAGCUAUGCAGAUGAUUUCGGUUUUGAAGAGGCAGAAUAUAUUAAAGAUGCCUGUCCGGAUCUCUCUCCCUUAUCUCCUGUCUUCGAUAGAUUCCAUGAAGUGUUUGAAACCCAACACGACUUAUCACGAAAUGUGGAAUGUGAGAUGUCUGAAUCCGAGAUUGCUAAACGGAGCGACGGCGAAGAAUCAGCUGUUGAAUCGGUCCCUUCACCGCGCCCAUCAGUCAUCCAUUCUUCACCUAGUUACGAGAAUCCAAAUCUUCUUAUGCUCAUACAGAGUGGUCCAAUCGUGAAACCACCUAGUAUUACACUUGCUGAAUAUGAUCAGUCCCUCAGCACGGAGAACAUUCGGGCAUCUAUGACCGACAACAUCCGGGCAUCUCUCAGUGAUGGAAGUUGCAGUGGGGACGAAUUUGAAUGUGUCGAAUGUGGCCGCAGCUAUAGCACCCCAUCUAACUUAGCACGACAUCGACAAACCCAUCGCAGUGUAACCGACAAAAAGGCCAGAAAAUGUCCCCAUUGUGAGAAGGUUUACGUGUCAAUGCCAGCGUACAGUAUGCAUGUGCGCACGCACAAUCAAGGUUGUGAGUGUUCCGUGUGUGGAAAGAAAUUCUCGAGACCGUGGCUGUUACAGGGCCAUCUUCGCACACAUACUGGAGAGAAACCAUUCAAAUGUGCAAAAUGUGGAAAAGCAUUUGCCGACAAAUCAAACCUGCGUGCGCACAUUCAAACUCACUCUUCCGCAAAACCCUUUGUUUGUGGGAGGUGUGGCAAGGCGUUUGCGCUGAAAAGUUAUCUUUACAAACAUGAAGAAUCGUCGUGUAUGAGGGGACUUCGCCAACAUCGACAAUAAUCAAAACGUUAUAUCAUAACAAAUUCCAAAUGUUGUUCAUUCCUGACUUUUUUGAAGAAACAACAUUUCCAUUAGUAAUUGUGACCUGUGUUAGGUCACAGGACUAUAAAAUUUAAAUCUAGGCACUGGACGAAACAAGCGUAAUCUCAGGCUGUUGAACAAAUACAAAUGUGCCAAAUAUGGAACAAGUACUGCUGACUAUGUGCUGAUACAAAAGUGCCAAAUAAGGGAAGUCUGUAAAACACGCGUUGACUGAGUUGACGUGGAAUUGGGAACAAAUACUCCGGUGUAAAAAGUUUUUUUCAAGUUGAUCUCUCUUUUUAUCUCAUUAUGGG